GCUCCCUCCCUCUGCAUGCUCUAUUUCUCUUCCUCCCAUCCAGUCUCUCUCGCUCGCCCACCAUUUGGUUCCUGCUUAGUGUUAGUCGUGGCGAUAGAGCCGAUACCAAAACGGGAAAACAGGCCUGAGCAGCACUUUUCUUUCAAGAUUUGCUUUUUGACAGUUUGCAGCAGUUUCCCUUUUUGACAACCACUAUGCUGCACCUGACAGCAGGGCGCGUGGGAAGCCUCCUGGCCAGGAGAGCGACUGCGGCCUUGACCAACAGCAGCGUGAGGAUGGCGAGCCACGGACACGAUGUGGCAGAGAUGGUGGACAUGUCUCAGCCAUUAUAUGUGGACCGUGUGGACAUUCCUCUGCCUGACAGACCCUACAAGGACACACUAUCACCCGCUGAAGAGAGCCUGAAGCAGAAGGAGAAGGGGCCCUGGAGCCAGCUGUCUAAAGAGGAGAAGCUCGCCUUGUACCGACUCAAGUUCUGCCAGACCUUCCCAGAGAUGCAGGAGCCGUCAGCAGAGUGGAAGACCGUCCUGGGGGGCAUCUUCAUCUUUCUGGGCUUGACUGGCCUGGUGGUCUGGUGGCAAAAAGUCUAUGUCUACCCUGCACGCCCCAGGACCUUCGAUGACGACUGGCAGGCCAAACAGGUAAAGAGGAUGUUGGACAUGAGGGUCAACCCGGUCGAAGGCUUCUCCUCCAAGUGGGACUAUGAGAAGGGCCAGUGGAAGUAGAGAGACAGCGGGACUGUGGCGGAGGCGGCGCAGCGUUUGGACCCAUCAUUUCAGAGUGUGGCUCUGCAAAGCUGAUAAUGAAACAGAGUUUGAAUGUUUCAGUUUAGAAAUUAUAACCACUAUGAAUAUGUAAAGUACGCUCCAUCUCUGAGAUAAUUCUACUCUCUGUGCCUCCUCUGGCUGUCAGUCAGCUGCCUCCUCUCCAACCACUGCAGCCCUCUGUCAUGGUGAUAAUAACUGUGUCCGUCCAGGUGUAGCCAUACUAUAAUAAAGUUUUACUAAAUGUC